CAACACGGUAGCCUGCACAGCAGGGGCGCCCAAACGCCUUUUCAUGAGGAAGAGAGGACGGGAAUAGUCGCAAAGAACCCUGCGCCCACUUGAGAAUACUGUGUGGGAAAGCAAUUGAUCAAGCAGGCUCUGGAUGGAAUGCAGUCAAAGCUUCUUUUGAAAACAAUUGAAGCAGCUUGGCACUUCAAGGCUUGAUGUUCGGGCAUGUUUUUUUGGGUGCAGCGGGAAUUGAGAUGUUCCAUUGUGGAACAUCAGCAAGUCUCUUGCGAAACAUUAAGAUUGUUCAAUUGUUUGUCCGAAGACAGUUUCAGCAAGCUGUGCAAAUUCAGCAAGGCUAUGUCAUUGCGCACCACAAGAUGUUCAACUAUCUAGAGUUCCUGGAGACACCCAAGUCUGACGCGUCCGCGAGCUCAUCGUCCGCCCUGUCCUAACGCUGCUUUUGGCUCCAGCCAGUGGAGGCGAAAAAACCGUUGUGACUGGGUCCGUUUGGCUGCAAUGCUUAGGCUGCUUUUGCUGAGUUGUGCCACUGCUGCCAUUGGCAGAGGCCUUGAUGACCUUUCACUCUCCUUCUUUGAUUCGGGUUACGAUCCUGCUACCCUAGGGGACGAACGGUGCUUCAUCAAGGAUAGCUCAGAUCCAGCGCAUCACAUCACUUAUGCAGCCUGUUGUUGCAACAACAAAACGACCCCGAUCAACCUCGUCGAGGACAACGCCUGGCCCUGCUUUGCAAAGAAAGUGACUUCGCCCAUCAAACUUCAUGGGAGCAAGCCAUACUGCGAUAUCCUUUGCAGUUCCAGGCCCUGGUUCUGCACCAGCUGCUAUGGCAAUGCGCCCAUUUGCUGCAAUGGUAAGGCCGAAACGUGCGGAAUCACACUUGACAAAGAGCCCUGCUGCGCAGCCAAUGAGAAAGAAGUUGGUGCCAGCUGCUGCAAGGAGUUGGGCAGCACUUGUUGGUGGAUGCCCAAUUCGUGGCUGGUGGUCUUUUUCCUUCGUGGGACACCUUGCUGCUUGGAGGAUAGUUCACAGAUUCUUUGCGUUUCAGAGCAAAGUUGCAAUCAGACUUUUGCUGGAGCUUUGGGGGUGAGCUUGGCUUUGGCUUUGUUGGCAGCAGCGCUGCAAGCUGUCAUUUACCUCAACGGCGGCAGAAUGGACUUGUCUCCGCGGAAGAAGUGGCGUUUCCGAAUGACGAUGGCUUCGCCAUCCUUGGCUUUGUUUUUCGGGCUUCACAUGAUCGUGUACUUCAACUUUCAAGAGAUUUGGCAAAAGACGCCUGUUCAAGCGUUGACCGUAUGUGUUUGGUGGGCUUUCGGGAGCUGGAUACUUAUGCAAGGGGCAUUUGGUCUUUCUCUUCUCGCUGUGAGGGGCUGCGGCUGUGGAGCUUCUCGUUCGCGCAGUCCACCAGCAACUCAGAGCCGCCCAGCAAGACCCGAUGUGCGACUGGGAGUAUUUCUCAACAUGCAGGACUACGAACACCUCGACCCCGUUUGCGAUCGAUGGUGGCAAGGGUUGGUGAAGAUCUUUCAAGACGGUGGCUGGCAGGUACUCCAGUGGGUUGACUUGAAGAAGAACAACGUCGAGUCCUUGCUGGAUUUGAUCGAGCAACAUCUGAGAGGAACUAAACGACCCACUGUGUUUGUUUACAUCUCGUGUCAUUCCCAGAUGGUCUUCGGGUGCCCGCAGUUCCUGCCAGUGGAUUCUCAAAGGGGUGAGGAUGGAGUGUCCGUCUUUGCUUUUGUCAAGAGAUUGAGCGACAUGCACUGCACAUCUGCCCGCAUUCACGUCAUCGUCAAUGGCUGCAUGCAGACUUCAGGGCUGCGAGAGAGAUUGAUCGCAUGGUGGACAUACCCACGUCAAGAGGACUUCCUCCUUUCCAAGCCACGACGUCUUCUCCGGAACAGCGACGCACAGGCAUGGAUGCUAUUUGCUUGUCAUCCAGGCCGCGCAGCGCCAGGAGACGAGAGAAGCGGGGGCAUCUUCACCAGGAGGAUUUCGAAAGUCUUGAACGGCCACCUCGGGCCUAAUGACUCUUGCAUCGAACGCACCUACGAAGAGUUGAUGCAGAAGUUGCGACGUCGGGAGGAUUCCGAUGGGGACGAUGAGGUGCGGGGGGUGCGGUUUCAGCCCCUAUUCAUGACCACGGGCGAAAGCAUCGCAGCGAGGGAGGAUCGGAUUCUGCAACAGCCUUUGCAUGUGGGCCUCACCCUGACCCUGUCGACUUUGACCCUGUUUGACCUGUCCAAUCUCCACUGGACCCGUUUGCUGCAUCAGCCAGAGCCACGGAGAGAAGGCCUCGCGAGCAAAGUCCAGCACUUUCGGAAGAGGAACGCCCUAGAUCUGGGCUCCGCUCGACGCUCGGUGGAUUUCAGCAACGAGGAGCCCGAGAUGGAACAUGCGCUUUCCUCCUUCGUCCCGUUGAGCCUCUUCGAGAGGAAGCCGCCGGAAACAUGGACCAACCAGGGGCGACGCAGUCGGAAGAGUUCCGCUAAGCCGAGGCCCUCGGCGGCCUUGGGCGGUGCCAACCGCGGCCGUUGGCUAGCGAGUUUCAACCGCUACUUGUACGAUGGCGAGAUCCACUCAGAUGAUAUUCCACGCGCUCUGUUGCACUGUGGCUUUGAGGACACCCGACCGCGCUUGGUCGCAUCGGCGCUGCAAAAGGUGGCGGAGUACAACACACUGGAUGAGGACGAAUUCCUUCACUUCAUGUGCGAGUAUGAAGAGGAGCUGAAAGAGGAUGCAUUUCAGCAUUUCCAGAAGUACAUGGCGGAUGGUCGCCUUCCCUUCUCUUCACUGCCAAGCAUUCUGAAAGAGAUGGAGCUCCAGCCUUGUCGCCGUGUCCUCACUCAACUGACAGAAGAGGUGAUGGGUGAGCCCCGAGGCUUGACGCUGCCAGAGUUCGAAAGGACCUUAGAGUUGCUCCGUGCACGCUACUGUUUUUUGCUGGAGGAGCUUGAACACUUCAAGAAUGUCUUUCAGGUCUUCGACCGCGACUGCUCGGGCGGCAUGAGCCUGGCGGAGCUCUCCAGCGCCUUCGCUUGGUUGGGCUUCCCAAUCACUGGCAGCGUUUGCCGCUUACAUCAGCAGCACGACCUGGAUGACAAGGGAGCUUUGACUCAGACCGAGUUCCUGCGCUGCCUUCGGAGCUUGUACGAGGAGGAAGCGCAGGAGAUUUCUCGGCGGCUGGCAAGGAAGGGUGGAAGGUGUCGCAAUGGCUUGCAGCUGGAAGAACUCCUGCGUGCGCUGGGCUACACUGCCACAGUGGAUAUCCUCGUGGAUGCACUUCAGGCACAACACCUUUGCAAAGGAUAUGUGCGCAAUAGCCAGCUGCUGGGGAUGCCCUUCGCGCAAGUGGAGUUCAAUCUCGGCCUCGAUGAGCUGCGGGAGUUGACGUGUAGCAUCCGGGAGCGGGACAGCUUCACCGACGAGGAAAUGGAGGAAAUGAAGGUGGCCUUCGCCUUGCAGUCCAAGUCCCAGGCGGAGAUUGCGACGCCCGCGCUUCAGAAGGCCUUGCGCUGGCUGGGGCAUCUCUACCAUUUCGAUCGAGUGCAGCAUUUGGUCCAAGAGCUGGACUUGGAUGGCGAUGGCUUGUUGGACUUCACCCUCUUUGUGAAGCUCCUCCGAAAGUGUCGCGACCAGGAUCGGCAGAAGGCCACGGAGGCCUUUUUCGAGUUUGAUUCCUUGGACUUGGGAUUUCUGGAUGAAGAUCAUCAGUUCGAUGCCUUUCAGAGAUUGGGUUUUGAUGAAGAUGUCUUUCGCCCGGAGCUGCGGCCCGAGGGCUUGCGCCUGCAACAGUUCCUGAAGAUCGUUCAGCGCUUCAAGUCAGAUCCCACGAGACUCCGAGCCCUGCGCGACCAGGACUUCUUCGAAGCCCACGAGCUUGCUGAGCUGCGACGACACUUCCAGCGAUUCGAUAAAGACGCCAGCGGAGAGCUGAAGGAGCAUGAACUGGUCGACCUGCUUGAGGCGCUCUUUCCGAGGCACGCCCACCUGCGGGAGUUCCGGCCCUUCUUCCGUGAGUUGCUACACUUCGCAGACGUGAAUCAGAACGAACGCUUGGACUUCCGCGAGUUCGUUCGCUUGAUUCGCAAGAUCCGUGAUCAGGAGGAAGAGUUCCACUUCGAGCUCUAUACAGCCAGUUUGGAAGAACUGGCCUUCAGCAAGAAGGAGGUGGGCGAGAUCCGCCAGUUCUUCCUCACGGUGGCUGGCCACCGGGAGCGGUUGCCCUUUGAGGAGGUGACCGAGAUGUUGGCGGGCAGCUUCAAACUGAAGGAGCCGGACAAGCAACGCCUGCUGAUGCUCUGCCGUUCCGCCUUAGAGACCAGUGGCGAUGGAGAUGAGGAUAUUAACUUUUUGACCUUUUUGCACAUCAUGCGCAAGGUGCUGGAUUCCGGAUGGCUCGACCGUGCGAACCCGGCGACAGACGCCGUGGCGGCUUCAGAGGGAGAAGUUGCGCCGGUGCCAGGCACUUGA